AUGCGCUAUCAAGUCGGCCGUGCAUGUGCUGCUGCUUGGUUUACGGAUCUUUAUAAAGAAUUAGAUCUUCUGCCGGACGUAUCUAUUGCUGAAGAAGCCCGCGAUCUUAGCGAAGACGCCGACAUCUUCAAAAUAAUUAUGUCAGCCCCUCAAAGAUACGUUGUUAUGGAUGAUUUCACUCGAUCUGUUAAUCUUGAAAGCCCACAAAUACCUGCGUUUCUGAAUGGCAAUAUGAAGCCUCGGCGGGCUUUGGAACAGCGUGCUUUCCCUCCUAAAAACUUGCCAGACACGACUGCAGAUGAUAUUGACACCGAGGAGGAUGGAUUUAUCGGGUUGCAAAAUAUCCGCUUAAAGGAACACAAUUCUACACUCGGCCCAGGAGACUCUGGGCAAUUGUGGAUGCCUCUUCCAUAUGAUCUUCCGGUUGAGAAACGCCUUCUUACGCAAGUAGCUGCGUGGAGGGUAAUGUGGAUAGAUACUCUCGAUUGA